GUAAAUUAGGGGAGGGAAUGUAUUGGUAAGCUUUAUAACUGAUCUCCUUUAAUGACGUGCCUGCACUCGGUAUACAUUCUGCAGUGACACUGCAAUGGCUGAGGGGCGGCUGUUGGCGGCUUGGAAUGAGCUCAUUCUCCCAGGAGGGAGCAAGGCUCAGAGUGAAUCACUGAGAAGCUGCAGCUCGCGUGUGAAAUACGUCCUCAUUCCCUCUUUACUGGCCUGAUUCUUCACUUGGGGGCUGUGCACAUGGUGGAAAUGAAAAUGUAGACGAAAGUAGAGAGAGAAGAGAAGUCUCCAGCUCGGGAACGGAGAGUUCUCUCUGUCUGGGUUUUUGCCCUCUGGAAUACAGCAGCACACAAUGUCAAAGAAGAGUGCUGGCAGUCGAGCUAAGGGAGACAAGCCUGAUGCCUUAGCUACUUUGCAAGCUGCCAAUGAAGAGCUCAGGGCCAAACUGACUGACAUUCAAAUCGAGCUUCAACAAGAAAAGAGUAAGGUUAGCAAGUUGGAACGAGAAAAAAACCAAGAGGCUAAGCUGAUCAAGGAGCAAGAGCAGCACAAGCACACUGUGUUGGUGACCGAACUCAAAGCCAAGCUACACGAGGAGAAAAUGAAAGAGCUGCAGUCUGUGCGAGAGACUCUGCUGAGGCAACAUGAAGGAGAACUUCUCAGGGUCAUCAAAAUCAAAGACACUGAGAACCAGAGACUUCAAGCACUUGUUAAUGCCUUGCGAGAUGGAGCCGCCGACAAAGUUAAAACAAUGCUUUACAACGAAGCUAAAGAAGAGGCUAAAAAGGUGUUUGAGUUUGAGAAAAUCAAGCUGCAACAGGAGAUCUCAGAACUAAAGGGAUCUAAGAAACAAGUGGAAGAAGCGUUAAGUCAGGCUAUUCAUGCUGAUAAGAUGAAGGCUGCAGAAAUAAGAAGCGUGUACCACCUGCACCAAGAGGAGAUCUCCAGGAUAAAGAAAGACUGUGAAAGAGAGAUUCGUAGGCUGAUGGAUGAGAUAAAAUUAAAAGACAGAGCAGUCUACGUGCUGGAAAAAGAGCUGGGGGCUCAGGCUGGUCAUGCUCAGAGACUCCAGCUCCAAAAAGAGGCUUUAGAUGAACAACUUACCCAGGUCAAAGAGGCUGAAGCAUGGGAAAAACGACAUCUGAGUAGCCCGAAAAGGGAGCUUCCUUGCGCAAGCGGUGCAGGAGACGCCUCAGAUCAUUCAGGAAGCCCUGAACAGCAGUUGGAUGAAAAGGAUACUCGGCGAUUCCAACUUAAAAUUGCUGAAUUAAGUGCAAUCAUCAGGAAACUAGAAGAUCGGAAUGCUUUGCUGUCUGAAGAGAGAAACGAACUUCUCAAACGUUUACGUGAAGCAGAAAGUCAAUACAAACCUCUCUUGGAUAAAAAGAAACGCCUCAGUAGGAAGAAUGAAGAAAUGAGCCAUGCCUUACGACGUAUGGAAAAUAAGCUCAAGUUUCUCACACAAGAAAACUUAAGAAUGAAAGAGAGAGUGGGGACCAUACGCCGGCCAAGCUCCCUGAAUGACCUAGAUCAGAGUCAUGAAGAGAAAGAAAUUGAAUUUCUUCGGAUACAAGUUAUUGAACAGCAAAAUGUUAUUGAUGAUCUCAGCAAGGCAUUGGAGACGGCCGGCUACGUCAAGAGCGUCAUUGAUCGGGAAAAGCUGCUGCAUUACAGAAAACAAAAGAAGAAAUUUGCGAAGGCGAGUAAGAAGCCAGUGGUGGAAACAUUUUUUGGGUAUGACGAAGAAGCAUCACUUGAUUCUGACGGUUCAUCCAUUUCAUACCAAACAGACAAGACAGAUCGAACUCCUUGUACACCCGAAGAUGAUCUCGAUGAGGGAAUGGCAAAAGAAGAGACAGAACUCCGCUUUCGUCAACUGACCAUGGAGUAUCAGGCUCUGCAGAGGGCUUAUGCAUUGCUACAGGAACAAGUUGGUGGGACAUUAGAUGCUGAAAGGGAAGUCAAGACUCGUGAGCAACUGCAAGCAGAAAAUCUCCGAUAUCAAGCUAAAAUUGAAGACCUGGAAAAGGCUCUUGCACAACAAGGACAGGAUAUGAAAUGGAUCGAGGAGAAACAAGCACUCUGUCGUUGGAACCAAGAAUUACUAGAAAAGAUUCGGCAAAUGGAGACUGAAGAAAAUCGCCUUAGGCAUGAGGUACAGGAUGCAAAGGACCAAAAUGAACUUUUAGAGUUUCGCAUAUUGGAACUUGAAGAACGAGAACGGCGAUCACCUGCUAUCAAUUUUCAUCACAUCCCAUUUCCAGAGGAGACAAGUCCACUUCAGGUCUACUGUGAGGCAGAAGGAGUGACAGACAUCACAAUAGCAGAUCUUAUGAAAAAGCUGGAUAUUUUAGGAGAUAACGCCGUAAGUAAUUUGACCAAUGAGGAACAAGUGGUUGUGAUUCAGGCCCGAACAGUUUUGACAUUGGCAGAAAAGUGGCUACAACAAAUUGAGGUGACAGAAUCUGCUCUCCAGCAAAAGAUGAAUGACAUUGAAAAUGAAAAGGAGCUGUUCAGUAAACAGAAGGGCUACUUGGAUGAAGAAUUGGACUACAGAAAACAAGCUAUGGAUCAAGCCCAUAAGCGGAUUCUGGAGCUGGAAGCCAUGUUAUAUGAUGCGUUGCAGCAAGAAGCAGGGGCAAAAAUGUCGGAGCUUCUGUCGGAAGACGAACAGGAGAAGCUGAAAGAAGCAGUGGAACAAUGGAAGCGGCAGGUCAUGAGUGAGCUCCGUGAACGUGAUGCACAAAUACUGAGGGAGAGGAUGGAACUUGUGCAUCACGCCCAACAGAGAAUCAAAGAAUUAGAAGAAAAAAUUGAAGUACAAAAAAGACAAGUUAAAGAGCUAGAAGAAAAGGAAAGACUUGAAGAGUGCAGAUGCUGCCUGGGUUACAGACAUGAGCUGGAAAGAAAGGAUAAACUUGCCUUAACCACAGGCAGAAAAUGUUGGAAACACUCAUCAGGUCAGGCAGCAUCUGUGGAAGCAAAAACAAAGAAACUGAAUAUAUUGCUGUUUUCAGCCUUAUUUCUGAAGACACGCAAAAGCAGCCAACUAUAAGAAUCAGCCGUAUUUCUGCUGAAGCCCAGAAAGUGUUGUGCUCCAGUCCAUUACUUCUCAUGCAGUACUGGCCCAUUACAUUCCACAGAAUUUCCCUCCCUGUGCUUAUUUCAAAUUGCUGUUAUUUCCCUAGAUAUGCCUCUCCUACACUCCAGGUCUAAUACAUGCAUGGAAAGAAAAAUCUCUCAUUCCUCCAAGUGGAUAUCAGAAAUACUCUAGAUUUUUUUAUGUUUAAUAAUUGCAAAGAUGUCACAUAUUGCUGUUAAUUGCCAAGUGAAUUAUAAUCAUUAGGGAAAAAAACAGUACAUUCUUACAAGAAUUACAGAAAAUGUGCACAUUACUAAACAAGGACAUGUAAAAGGAUCUUUAUAAACUAAAUAAUAUCAUAAAUUUAUGGUGUCAAAAGUGAUUUCAAAUUUUUGUCAGUUGUUUACAAAUAUCUACAAAUGCAUAGUUGUAAGUUAGAAGAAAGCAAUGAAAGGAAUUGAAAGGAAAAGAAAAUUGAAAGGAAGAUGAAUCUUUGUGCUUGGCUAUUAGCUUCAGAAAUUAUAAGCAUUUUAUUUAAAUGCCUUGAUUUAGAAUGAGCCCAGAGAAGGAAAGAAAAACUGCAAAAUACCACGAGUCUGGAAUCACACAGUUCAUUGAGGCAUUCUGUGCAACCAAUAACACUGGAAAAAGUUUGGAAUAUGUAAACAAAUCACAGUGGAUCAACUUUCACCUGACCUGGUGAAAAGGUUUUACCAGGCCUGGCUGUGCUUAUGCAUGUUGUAAAUAUGCGAGUGGCAGUUUGCCAGAACAGUGACUUAAGCACCAAAAAUGAUAACUGUUCAUAAUAAGAAAGCUUUUGAUUACAAAUGUACAGGAAAAAACAAUAGAGCAUGUGAUAGAUUCAGUGAUAAGCAGGUCUGAGUUUUUUUUAUUAUUAAUCUGUACAAAACUGAAAUGUAUCGUAUACAGAAAAGCUGUAGUGAGUUUCUUUUUAAUACACUUUGUAAAGAAUUGUCUGUCCUGCUGUUAAGUUCUACUUUCGCCAUUUGAAUUGUCUAAACUAAAUUCCAUUUAAAUCUUAAUCCAAGUUUCAUAUUAUCAACUGAUACCCAUCAAAUGUUUUCCAAUAAAGAUCUGUUUGUUGCAUUGUUUAAGUGAUUAAAUGUCAGUAGUUCUUUCAAACUAGAGAUACCCAGUAUUAUGAAGCCUUCAGAGAACUCCAGAGUGCCUUACCUGGCUUGUUAACAAACAAAAAGAGGUGCAUUUUUAAUUAAGCUUUUGCUGUGGUGCAACAAAGCGAGGCAAAUGUAGCAUACAUUAGUUUGGGUAUUUGAAAAACUAUUAAGUCCAACACUUUAGGAUGUCAGCAUUAAAAUGUUAUCUUUUAGCACUAAUUUUAUUUGCAUGAUGAAUGGAUUUAGUUUAGACUCAGGAAAUCAUGCUGUGAAUAUGGGUAAUGAAUUAGAAAUCUUGAUUUCUUGUACAUAUUUAUAUUGUAAAAUGAUUAAAAGUAUAUGAAUUAUAAAGAUAGUGCCACUUGUGGCCAUUGGGCCAAAGGUCCCUAAUUUAUGUGCUCUGUAAGGUAAUCUCUGUAUACUCAUAUCUUAGAUAUUUAUCCCUUUGUUUCUGUACUAAAACAGUAAUUUGCUGUCCUAAAGGACUAUAUGUUGA